GAUUUUGAACUCCUUCCUGCCCAUCCUGUUAUAGGAGUUGCUCCCAUGGCCUUCCUCUGUGGGGGACUUCUUAUUGUCUCGCUCCUAUGGCAAACAUUUGGGCAGGGCAAACAACCUGAAAGCCACAUCUGUGCCCGUAACAUAUUGCGCAUCCCAUUAAUCUACAAUGAGACCUACAUGAAACCCCAGCACCAGCCCUACUUGACGUUGUGCCCUGGACGGCGGGUAUGCAGCACCUACAGGACUAGCUAUCAGGUGGCCAUGCGGCAGGUGCGGAAAGAGAUUCUGCAGACCAAUGUCAUCUGUUGCCAAGGUUGGAAGAAACGGCACCUGGGAGACAUUAAGUGCGAGGAAGCUAUUUGCCACAAGCCAUGCCAAAAUGGAGGAAUCUGUGUCCAGCCCAACCAGUGCCAGUGCCAACCAGGCUGGGGUGGACGGUACUGCCAUGUUGAUGUGGACGAGUGUCGUGCGCCGAUUGCUUUCUGUGCACAGCGCUGCCUGAACACUGCAGGGAGCUACCAGUGCCAGUGUGACUCUGGCUAUGCCCUGGAGCCAGAUGGCAAGAACUGCCGCUUACUUCCCACAGCCCAGGCAGCCCCUUUGCUUGGCAGCAAAGUGCAAACUUUAAAUACUCAGGAGAAGAUUCCCAAUGAGAUCCAGGAGCUUCAAGCAAAAGUGGAGCGUCUGGAAGAGCGCCUGGAGCGUGCCAUUUCUGUCUUGCCAUCACCCCUUGAACCAAGCCAGUUGAAAGAGCUGUGGAGUCGGCUUCGCUACCUGGACCAGGUGGAAUCACUGAGUGAUCAGCUCCUUUUUCUUGAAGAAAAACUUGGAGACUGUGAAAAUAUGCCUGUCCCGCAUAAAGAAGCAAUUCUGCUUAUGACAGCAAUGGGCUGACACACAGAAUUAGGGGGAAAGAGAUACCAGAGACAAAUGGGCCAAAGACAAGACUGGUGAACUUUUGCUUUGGGAGAACAUUCUUACAGCUAAAUUAAAGUGUCCAAGAAGAUAAAAGGAAACUGUCUCAUUUGCUGCCAUACAGUUUUGCCUCGUAAGUUACGUACAGCAGAGUGAGGAGGAAAGGCGGCAGCCGGCAACUCAUGGGAAAAGAUGGGUGGAUACCUUUAAUUUUCACAAUGUGUGAGCUACUGACUUAACUGAAUGAAAUGCAGGACUAUUAACAUUUUUGCAUAUGACCUAAUGAUGCUAUAAGAACUCACUGUUACUCAAAUGGGUCUUGAUGUCUUUGUAUUUAUGAAUUCAUUUAAUUUACUUGUGGAGUUUAUUUUGCCAAAAAAAAAAAAGGCUGGGCAUUCUGCAUGCAUUCAGGGCACUCCUAGCUUCCAGUUCAGAGGGGGAGUGGGAUAGCUACUCUCUGUGCCCCUCCUUGCCACUUG